AGAACGACGCCGAUCUUAUCUUGGAACUAAUACUCAGUAGUUUAUUAUUCAGGACCCGUUAUUCCGUUCGAUCCUUUACACUACAACACAAUGAUGAAGUUGCUGUUGCUCGCCGUUUUAAUUUUUAAUGUCACAUCCGGGUUACCACCACUCACUCCCGAACAAGAGGAACUGGUCAAACUGUACGGACCAGAAGCCUUGUCUCAAUCGAGGAACAAUACAUCUCACUACCACGGCAAACGCCUGUCCCUGAAGCAUAAAUACGUGGGGGCCAACGGCAACAUUCAGAACGCGCGCUACUCCGGGGACUGGCUACAGGUGGACGCCACUUCCAUAGUCAGUGAGCGGGGCCAUUACCUGGCUGCACUGAUAGCGGCCCGGAUGACUAAACACAUGCCCCCUUCCAUCUUCAGCACUAUUGCUAGGAGCGCCCGGAUCGCCGUGUUCGGGCACGGUCAGGAUACUACUAUUUUUCCGGAAUAUGCCGCCCUAAGAGACACGCCCCACUGCUAUAAUAUCUGUACCGGCUCCUGUUCCGGUACCUGCACUUUCGACCACCGGAAGUACCAUACAUUGAGCGGCGUCGGUGGUGACCCCUGCACUAUCCUGGAGGACAACAUCCUGUGUAAUCAAUAUGACCCUUACUUCCGGACCAACAACAUCUUGGUUCACGAAUUCGCUCACACUAUUCACAAGCACCUUCCGGCCUCCAUCAGGACACAGAUCACGGAGGCGUACAACAACGCGCGCCGUCAGGGGAUCUGGACAGCAAGCUCCUACGCCAUGUCAGACGAGCGGGAGUAUUGGGCCGAGGGGACGGGCUCAUUCUUCAAGGCCACUCAGGAGGUGGGAGCUUCCGGAGGGAUGAACACAUGCGGUCACACCAGCUGCCAGACUGACCAAGAGGCCCGUUACUACAUCUACCAGAGAGACCCCAAACUGUACUAUGCCCUGGCGUACGUUUACCUGAACUACCAGUACACCGUACCCACGGACCUGGCUUCCUGUGUGUCAGGCUAGCGCGUGACUUCUGCCUCCCUCAUUUGUUGAGAUGUGUAUAAUGGCACUGAACGAUGGCGGAAUUCUAACAACCUUUUAAAAUCUUUCUAAAUGAAUAGUAUUUUUUUAUAACUUACAUGAUGUUUUCUACCUGCAGUGUAGGGUGUCUAGAAAUAAGCCUAAUAUAUUCCAAGAUUUUCCAUGAAAUAAAUUAUUGAUAUAUCAAUCUAAUAAAUCUAAACUGUUUUGAUAAUUUUUUAAAUCACGACACAUUUACUGAAAUACAUUUGUAUGAAAAUACUAGUAGAUGGUUUUCUCCGUCUGCUUUUGUUUAGUA